AUGCAACCUCACCACCUAUUCGCUACUCUUGCGCUCGCCUUGCCGGCCUUGGCGAGUGCCUCUACUUCCGUACUGGGCUGCUACUCCUCAGUCCCUAGCCUCAAAGACGAGGGCCGAUAUACCUUCCAAUCCCAAGGAUACUGCGAAGAAAAGUGCCAGAGUGGCGGUUUCCGGAUCGCUGCUCUGACCGGGCUCCAAUGUCUGUGUGGAAACGAGCUACCACCAAGCUCGGCCCAGGUGGACGAUGACAAGUGCGAUACCGUGUGCGCUGGCUGGCCAGAGGAUAAUUCACCGGCGAAUACACCGAAGUCUCCAAUUCCAGUUCCAGCUCCGACUCCUCGGACUCCUCCGGACUCGACACCUGCAAGUGCCUCCACAGCCGCCGGCGGCAUCGUUGUCGCCCCAACAAACAUCAACCCAUCAUCCGUGCCGACCGCUAUCCUGACCGCACCCAGUUCUACGGUCCCCAGCGCCAGUGCUAGCGCCAUCGCCUCAAAGUCUGUUGCUGCUGCCGCCAUUACCUCCGUGUCUAGCAGUACAUCAGCAUCGCCUACCAUGAACGCCGCGAACUCAAUGCACGCCGGGUCAUCGGUCAUCGGCGCUGCGAUUGCCGGCCUCGGUCUGCUGCUGUAA